AUGAAGUUCAAAUCUAUUUUUACAGCUUUGCUGUAUCUCUAUGUCUUAAAUUCCGGCUUAGUAUAUGGUAAUUCGAGCACCCAAUGCGAUUGGUCCAUUUGCGACAAACUAUAUGAUCGUUUUAAAACUGUUCCUCUGGACAAGUUUUGCAACGAGCUGUAUCCAAACCAAAAUGCCUAUGUGAAUUUAUCAAACGACCUUUCUUCUUGUGGACGUUGCGAUUUCUGUUCAAUUUGGUUUAGAUAUUCUCCAUCUUUCAAUCAAGGUUUAGCCUGUGGUAAUCCAAUUAUUCAACUCUACUGUGGAGAUGAAGAUGGAGAUAGAGAUGAUCUAGUUGACAAUACUUUAACCUAUCCGGACGACAUUCCAAUUGAUAUUGAAACUGAUUUCCCAAUCGAUCUCCCAACUGGUAUUCCAACUGGUAUUCCAACUAAUAUCCCGACUAAUAUCUCAACAAAUAUCCCAACUAUUCCAAUUGACAUUCCUACUGACAUUCCUACUGACAUUCCUACUGACAUUCCUACUGAUAUCCCUACUGAUAUCCCUACUGAUAUCCCUACUGACAUCCCUACUGACAUACCAACUAGUAUCAUAGCUGAUAUUCCUGAAUAUACUUCAUAUGAUGUUCCUACUGAUGUUCCAAAUACCAAUAAUGGUUUCAACGGCAAUUACAACGGAAACAAUAAUGGAAAUAACAAUGGUAACAACAAUGGCCCUGGUGGUUUCAACGGUAAUUAUAAUGGUAAUUAUAAUGGCAACUACAAUGGCAACUACAACGGUAAUUACAACGGUAAUUACAACGGUAAUUACAAUGGCUACAACGGUUAUAGAGGUUAUAAGGGCUACAGUGGUUAUAAGGGUUACAAUGGUAAUUAUAAUGGCAACUUUAAUGGAAAUAACAAUGGAAACAACAACGGUCCAGGUGGUUUUAAUGGUAACUUUAAUGGCAACUUUAAUGGCAAUUACAAUGGUAAUUACAAUGAAAAUAAACAGAACGAAAAUGAUCUUAAAAAGCGUGGCUUAUUUGACAAUAAUGGCCAUGGAAAUGGCCAUGGAAACGGUCAUGGCAAUGGUCAUGGUAACGGUAAUGGACAUGGAAAUGGACAUGGUAAUGGCAAUGCCUUUUGGAACGCAUUCAAUGGUGACAAUAAAGCCUUUCCUGGAUUUAAUGUUAAUGGACUAAAUAGACGUUCGGUUUUUGUUGGUUCUGGUAAUGGCAACAAUAACGGCCCUAAUGGAUUUAAUGGAAAUUAUAAUGGAAACUACAAUGGAAAUUAUAAUUACUACUGGAAUCCUUAUGCUGGAAAUGGUAAUGGUAAUGGUAACGGUAAUGGUAAUGGAAAUAGUAACUGGGGACCACCAAACUUCGUUAAUUUUGGAAACAGUAAAAGUUCCAACACUGAUGAAAAUGAAAACGGCAGCAAAAACGAAAACAAUUCUGACAAUGACAAUCCUCAUGGCGAUGGAAAUAAUCAUGGAAAUGGCUAUGGUAACAACAAUAGAAAUGGAGGUGAUAAUGGCAACAAUAAUGGAAACAACAACGGCUCUUUAGCACCAGAAAACUACACAUUUACUGAAAAUAAUAAUAACUCAACUAAUGGUAACAACAAUUCCGGUGUAAACAAUGGUAAUAACAAUGAAGGCGAAAAUAACGGUAACAAUAACGUUGGCGAUGAUAAUGGUAACAACAAUGGUGGAAGCAACAACGGUAAUAACAAUGGUGGAAGUCACAAUGGUAACAACAACGGUAACAAUAAUGGUGGAGGUCACAAUGGUAACAAUAACGGAAAUAAUAAUGGAAAUGAUAAUGGGAGUAAUAAUAGAAGUAUCGAACCAACAACAUUACCAGCUUUUGCUGAAACUACAACUGUUGUGCAGUCUCUUGUAUCAGAAUCAUCGCUAGUGACAUCCUCCUCAUCAAGCCCCUUAACUCUCCAAGAUGAAGCUAGUAGUAUUUUGGUUGCUUCAGGUUCAGGAAAUAUACUAUCGGCUGAGUUUAGCGCAUUAUUCUUGAUUAUUUUAUCAUUCAUUUCCUAA